AGCCAGUUUGGCUCAAGCCAUCUGGUUCAGGAGCGGAGAAACCAUUCCUACCGGACUGCUUGCACGCGGACGCGGCUCUUCAGCGAUGUCCGUUGAUAUACAAGUGCGCAGACACUUAGAAGAAGGUCUCGCGGUGCCGUCAGUCAUCUCGGUGGCGCCCUUGCUCGAGCACGCGGGUCCUGUUACAGGGCAAUCACCUAUCAAUCUGUCUCCUGAUUUCCCUCCUCGGCUGGGGGGAGCGUUUUCUUUCUUUUGCACUCUCAAGGCGGACGGCAUAGAUACGUGGUUCCGUGUGUUCGACUUCUCUUCCGAUGCUGACGACGAAAGUAUCACGGCUGGGGUGAUCGAGCAUACGCAUGACUUGCAUUUCACUGUUUUCCGUGGCAAGAUUCCCAUGAGUGUGCGCGUGAACGACUUCUUCGAAGAAGGGCAGGAGUUUUCCUUGCUCUGCACGGUAUCAGUGUCGGGGCACAUGAAGGUCUUCAAAGACGGUGGCCUUGUUGGCGAGAAUCAGGAUGGGCUGCCACCAGUGUCUAUGGAGAGGCCGCACAUGAUAGUCGGCGGCCACUUCUUGUACCACAAACAAGCCUUUCAUGGUAGCAUCAGGGACGUGAAAGUCUGGGACCAGGAGGUCACGUGGCCGAUGGUGCAAGUGGAGCCGGCACUGCCAGAGUCGGAGGCGGACGUUGGGUUAGCGGCUGAUGCCAGUUCGAUGAUCACUCCGAGCAGAGACCCUGGGCUCGUCGGCGGCGUCGACGCGAUGGCCACCCCGACCAAAUUGCCAGAGAAGAUGGAGUUCGCAGAGGACGGAGGUGCACAGUGCCAAGUGCCAGACCAGAUCGGGGCGUCGUUACUGCCGACGCUACACGAGGUCAUCGCGUACGACGUCAGCCAGGGCACCGAGGAGAUCCCCAUCUCCAGCGCGUGAGAGUUCUCGCGGAGCCACAAGGGCAUGGCCCGUGUGAGGGGGAGAGUGGGAGGAUGUCAUGCUAGCCGUAGAGCCCACCAAGCAUAGGCCAACCGGGGCGGGAGCCGUGAAGGGUGGGGCUUGGGGCAUUUUGAGUGGAACCCAUGCAGGGUUGAGCCCAUGCAGACCGAGAAUCAUCUGAUCCAUGCUUUUGAGCUUCCUCUCCUCUUGGCUUCAGCCUCCUCCUUUCCAAUCCAACAACCUGCUAUCGCGCACAUCAGUGAGAUCCACUGCGGAGAACGACCUUCCCAUCUCUACCUGCAACAGUGCCGUUCUGCUUGCGCUGUAUAGCGAAUGCCAGUGGUCAGCUGUCCCUGCGACGAGGACACGCACAUUCGCCAGCAAUGGUGCUUCGACCGCAGUUCUAGGCUUGCUCGAGUUUACGGGCAUGUCUGGCAGAUAUAGAAUAUUCGAGUCACGCUUGCCUUCUCCUCAGCUCCUUAUCCUUCUAUUCCUCCUCGCGGCAAUGACCACGCCUUCCACUGGCGGCGCAGUCUCCACGUGCGUGCAAUACCAUCGGGGGCAGCCAGGUAAAAGGAAUUAUGUUUUUUGUGUUGUGCGUUUGGGGAUGUCAGUGUUAAUUGUGUGUCGUAUUUGAGUGGUACGCGUUCGGCGCCAUAGCCAACCAGUGAAGUUCGGAAUCCGACUGUAAUCACCAGACACAUCGUGCGAGUUUUGGAAGUAUGUUCUGACCGCAGGCGAGCUGCAUCUCACCCUCGACUGACACUGUUCACGACCUUCCGGGUCUUUCUGCCCUUGUUUAGGAGGGAUCCUGUUGCAAGCGCAGUCGAUUCAGAGCUCGCCUGCGACCUGGCAUCGUGUGCCGAGGACCGCCCGUGGUCGUGGGGCGACUUGGGGACUCGAGCGGGGUCUGGUGGAGAGUGUGCAGCGGAUUCUGUCGAUGUGCAGCGAUCCAGCACAACCUCCUCGAGCUCAGGUCCUGGGGCCCCGCUCCCAGCUGGCGCGUGCGCGAGGACGGUUACAGGCCAGGCGUGCGACGCCCCGCCUCGACGGCACGUGCGCGUGCAGGCUGGCGCGGGAGUGUCCGCGCGGCCCGGCGUUUCAAAAGGCCGCGGCGCGGCGCUCUGCCCGCAGGCCCCGUCGGCGGCCGCGCCCGCGGCUCGUCGGUCCCGAGCUAGGGCACGAUGGGGAGUGGCCGCGCCUCCUGCUUUUCGUCCUCCUCCCCCACUCUUCUUUCCUCCACUCCCUCUCUCUCCUCCCCUCCCCUUUCCCUGCUGUCUUUGAAGUGGCGCCGGCCGCCCUGGAACCUGCGAGCUGGUGCCGUUGAUCCGGUUUUAUGACCGAUGCCAUUCCAUUCGCAGGUGUGUAUGCGUCAGGGGAGUUCGGUUGGCCCGUGGGGUGGGCAGGGUGGGGCAGGGGGAGCUCGACGGCAAGCCCACUGGCGGUGAGAGUCUCCCGCGCGCUGCCCCAUGCCCCUGCUCCCCUCCCCGCCUCCCCCGUCUCCCCUCCUCCCUUUCCUUCCCUCCCCCCCUCGCCUCCCGCCUCCUCCCCCCGGUGGCACUGGGCGCUCUUCUGCUGCCAAAGCUCGUUCGCCGAGCUGCAAAUGCGGUUGCGGAUAGGAGGAGUUGUGCCUUCACCCGCAGUGGGAACUUUCGCUAUUCUGCCCGCGAGCUGUUUCCAUCACGCUGCACUGCAAGUUGUAGGCAGGUGAGUUGGGGUUGCCAUUGCGCACAGCUUCCGACGAGCGUUGACGUCUGCUUCGUACUGGAGUGCCUGUGCAUUUCAUACUGUGUAGUUUGGCUUGACCUGAGAUGAACCGAUCUGUCGCCGAAGUGAGCAACAGCAAUUCUCAGCGUUCGCCUUGCACGCAAAGAGAGACGGGCGACAACCCACCUUUACAGAUAGCGGGCACCUGUCAACAUACGUUUUGGAGCCCUCAGGGGCGCCUUGGAGCGAGAUGUGUGGCGUGUCGGGGCCCUCUUGAACAGACUACCGCGCGCUCGCGGAGGAUCUCGCUGGCCCCCCGGCAAUCGCGGCACCGCCCGCACCGCCAAUAGUGAUUUCAGUGGCUGACAUUCUCAGUGUCCGCCGUGCACGCAUCGGGAAACGGGCGGGAACCCACCUUUACAGUCGGCGGG